AUGUCAGCCUCGGCCUCUGCAUCGCUUCUUCGGCGGAGUCUCGGGGGGCCCCUGCGUCUGUCUGGCGCGCGCUUGGGUGGCAACCACGUAUAUCUGGGUAGGUACCAUGACUACAAUCAAUGGGAAUACUUGCCUCACCCCUCCUUGCAGCUCUCUGGGGCCAUUCUUCCUGUAGGAGCCACUAAAGCCCCUGCACCUGCGAAGGGCCAGCUGCUGAGGGGUAGCGGCCUACACGGGCCUGAGUGUGGUGAGGUUCUGCGUCUCGUGCUGUGGAACCGUUUGAAACAGAGAAGAAAGCAGCGGGAGGUUCCCACCAUCGAGCAGAUGAGGGAAUUCAACAAACUAGAGGUCGCUUGCGUCUGGUUCACUUGGUCUAUUCUCCUCUUCUUCUGGCCCAUGACAAUAAUUGGCGGCUCUUUCGCCAAGGAGAACGAACACUUCCCGUGGACUCCCGCUAGGACCGAUGGAUCCAGGGGAGAGGGUCCUUUCUGGUGGAUCUUGGAGUAA